UCGAUAAUGCGACGAUCUGUAUAUCUUCUGUCAAAGGAUUUGACAGAAGAUAUGCAGAUCGUCGCACUCGAUUGCAAUAAAAAAGCUAAAUUACGACAUACGAGACAACAUAUUAACUUGCUUUAGUCCCACACUGAACCAAAUUAAUGGCAAGAUGUCUUUAAUAUAUUAUUAAUUGUUAUAAUUAUUUAAGCAAUAUAAUAUUUAUAAAAAAAAUCUUAUGAAAAUAACGAUUUCGAUAAAACAUACAUAUUUUUCCAUCACUACGGAACAGUUGUCGCUGUCGGUGUAAUGUCAAAUGUAACAUUCGCGAGUAUUCUUUGUAGUGUUUUGAUUUUUAAUUGCGUUUAUUUUUGUGAUAAUAAUGAAAUGGUGUUGUUGUCUAAGUGUGGACUAGUUACGAAUGGAAAAUGAGAAUUUUAUGUGUGAUAUUAUUGCUGGUCGGGUCCAGCGGGCUCGCUUCCGUGGUAGAUAAUGAGUUAAAGGAGAGCACGGAAUUGUCGCGCGCUUUGGAUGACCGGCCGCUGUUGUUCGCCACGUUAGGGGGCGGCAUGGUGGCGGUGAAUCCGCUAGCGGGAAACAUUAUUUGGAAAUUGAAAGACGAGCCAGUAGUGAAAGUACCAAAUCAAGAUGCCAACUUGAUGCCGCAGUUUCUGCCGGAUCCGCGCCACGGUUUCCUGUACACUUACGGGCCGCGCGGCGACCAGCAGAUGCUGAAGAAGCUACCAUUCACGAUACCAGAGCUGGUGGCGAACGCGCCGUGCCGGUCGACUGAUGGCAUCUUGUAUACUGGCAAGAAGAGCGACACUUGGUUCAUGUUAGAUCCGCUUACGGGGUCCAGGGAGCAUGUUUCAGGCUUCGACAAGGCGAAAAUUUUCAACAAUGCAGACACAUGCGACGACAAGAAGCGUGGCGUGUACGUCGCGCGCACUGAGUACAACAUCCUCAUGCAUGAUUCGAAGAAUGUCAACCAUAAGUGGAAUGUCACCUUCUUUGACUACACCUCGCACGCUAUGGGCAAGGAGAUGCUCAAUGAUUAUGGCGUCAUCCACUUCACAUCGACAUCGAAUGGUCGCAUUAUGUCGUUCGACCGUAAGACCGGCGAUCUCGUCUGGUCGCAUAACUUCGAGACGCCCGUGGUAGCGGCCUAUCUGCUUGACAGGGACGGCCUGAUCUCAGUGCCAUUCAACUCUAUAGGCGAUGAUACCUUGGAUCAUAUAAUGGAGGAUGCAACUACGCUGAGUAAUGGACAGGGAAUCAAGAAUUCCAAUAUAGAGUUGUAUCCAACAUUGUACGUGGGGGAACACAACCAUGGCCUCUAUGCUCUAUCAUCGCUAGUAGACAAAAAUACAAUAACAAUAUCGACUGGGCACACGCAUCCUUUACUGAUCGAAGGGCCGACCACCGAACCGCACGCCGAAUCGAACUACGAACCGUACAAGAACGUUCAUUACAAACUGAAUGAUUUGAAUCUACACGUAGCUGCACCAUACCUUCUACUAGGACAUUAUAAAGUUCCAGAGCUUACUACGUCAUGGGUACCGCAUUUACCUAACAAUGUAUUGAACGUAAGAGAAUCGAUCAGUUCCAUAAAAUUAAUUAACGGUCAAGUCCAUUCAGAGACUGAGAAAGACGUCGAAAAUGAAACGAAUUUGAAGUCGAAUUCGGUUAGUGUGUCAGUCCAGACUGAAGAGUUGUUUGAAGGUUUUAACUUCAGGCCGGACUUGUGGUAUAAACAGGGUUAUCUAUGGGUGCACCAGCAAGAGAAUAAAGUGUUGAAAUUGGCUCUGAUAAUUUUGGUCGGAUUGGUGAUCACCAUGUUCUGGUAUUUGAGGUUGCAGGCCCGUGAGUUCCAACAGCUGUCGCAAGGCGGUUCCAGAGGGUCUAACGUGUCUACGUCAUCUCACGGCGAGGUCACGGGCCAGUUGGAGGAAAUAGGCGAUGGCGAAGUGCGCAUUGGCAAGAUAUCAUUCCACACGGAUCAAGUGCUCGGGAAAGGGUGUGAAGGCACUUUUGUUUAUAGAGGUACUUUCGAUAAGCGUGCUGUGGCUGUGAAACGAUUGUUGCCCGAAUGUUUUACGUUCGCGGACCGCGAGGUGGCGCUGUUGCGUGAAUCAGAUGCGCACGCGCACGUCGUGCGGUACUAUUGUACCGAGAGGGAUAAACAGUUUAGAUAUAUAGCUUUAGAAUUAUGUUCUGCAACAUUGCAAGAUUAUGUAGAGAAGAAACUGAACUUCGAGUGCAAGAUAGAUGCAAUAGAAGUCUUGAGACAGGCGACUUUGGGCCUGUCGCAUUUACAUUCCAUGGAUAUAGUACAUAGAGAUAUAAAACCGCAUAACGUGUUGUUGUCGAUGCCGUCGGGCGCCGGUGAGGUGCGAGCCAUGAUAUCCGACUUCGGCCUGUCCAAGAAGCUAAACAUAGGACGCGUCAGCUUCUCGCGAAGGUCCGGAGUCACCGGCACUGAUGGAUGGAUCGCACCUGAAAUGAUCAACGGCGAACGGACGACAACCUCGGUGGACAUAUUCUCCUUGGGCUGCGUGUUCUACUACGUGUUGUCACGCGGACAGCAUCCCUUCGGAGACGUGCUGCGGCGCCAAGCCAACAUACUCACCGGGGACUACUCGUUAGAUCAGUUAGACAAAGUGAUGCCCGAAGAAGAAAUGUUGGUGGCCAAGAUCUUGAUCCGCGCAAUGAUAUCGUCCAAGCCCAACGCGCGGCCGCCGUGCGAGACAAUACUCAAGUACCCUUUGUUUUGGGACAAGCAGAGCAUACUUAAUUUCUUGCAGGACGUGAGCGACCAGGUGGAGAGCAGUGCGUCGGGCUCGGCGGCGGCGCGGCACCCGGUGGAGCGCGGCGCGCGGCGCGUGGUGCGCGGCGACUGGCGCGCGCGCGUGUGCGGCGCCGUGGCCGCCGACCUGCGCGCGCGCCGCUCCUACCGCGGCGACCGCGCCGCGCAUCUGCUGCGCGCCAUACGGAACAAGAAACACCACUAUCGAGAACUCGAACAAGAAGUGCAAGACAGUCUCGGCAAAUUGCCAGACGGUUUCGUGUCGUACUGGUUGCGAAGGUUCCCGCUCCUGCUGCCACACGUGUGGUUGCAGAUGCAGCAAUACCGACACGAGGACAUUCUGCAACUGUACUACCCCCACUCGUUCACCUUCCGAAGGGAAGACGUCGCCGAGUUGAACGACGAUGAUUAUGAAGAAAUACCUCCGGAGAUGUGCGAUCCGGAGAAGAACGAACUGUUCGUCAAGAGCAAAGUGUAUGUCGACGAAACUAUAUUAAGGACUAGGAGAGAAGAUAAAGGAUCCCCUAAGGCAUCUCCAAGGGGAUCCCCGAGGAAGUUUGCGGAUUGGAGGAGUGAAGCGCAGGAGUUGAGGAUGCGGCAAGAUGACGUCAGACUGCGGGACCGGCAUUACUACAAGAAAAAAGAAAAGAAAAGAGAAGAAAUGCCAGUAUGGACAUUACCUCCCCAGUGAAUAGUGUGCCAAGGUACUGAAAAUAGAGUGGAUGUUCUUUAUUUGCGCUAUCGGCAGGAUAGGCGGGAAUUGAGAUUAUGAGGGAAUUUUAGAGAGGUUGAGGUAAAAAUUUUCAAUUGCCUCGGACCAUUGGUAGGUCAUUAUCGAUUAUGAAUGAUCUUGUAAAGUGGGUAAGUGUAAUAUUGAUGUAAAUAAUACCAUUCUGGGUGGUUUUUGAUGUUUUUAUCAAGCCAUGGAUAUAUACAAGGAAAGAAAAGUAUAUGGAUGUAUAUAUUUAGCACAAAUUAUAAAAAUACAAAGUAUUUUUAAUAGGAUUUUUGUGACUUCAUCAAUUAUAAUGUGUUUAUUCCAAACAUAUUUUCCUUUAUUAUGCUUGUGUUAGGUUUGCUGUCUUGUCCGUCCAUGUUUAUUUAUAUUUCAAACUACAUGACCAGUGAUGAUAUCUUCGAUACUCAAGUAAACAUAUAGUCGAUAAAAUUAUUAAUUAUCGAUACUUUUAGAAAAAAAUGAUUUAAUGAAGUUCAUUUCCAUUUCUUUGGUUAUACUUGUAGCUGGUUAUCGCCCGUCGAUUAUUUUAUUCAUGCUUCAAUGAGCGGCAUAUUAAAUUUUAAGAAUCCGAAUUAUGUUCGACGUGGAACUGAUAAUGUACAUAGUACAGUCGGCAAGAAAAAUAGAUGAACAAAUUAAAUUUUUUAAAUCGUUUUAAAUUUUUUUUCUUCAUAUCUACAGUAAAUUUUUCUUCAAUAAAAUAAUCUUAAAAGAGUUAACUUUAUUUUAUAAUAAAAAAGAAAAUAUCGAUUGAAAUUAACGUGUAAAAGUCUUUUGAAGUUUUGAAGUCGGUCAGCUGUUUUUGUGGCGUACUGUAUGCUCGAUUUUAUUAAGCUCUUUGUUUUGCUAAUCAACAAAAAUAUAGAAAUAUAAUUAUAGAGUAAAUAUACGUAGAGAUUAAUUAGUAUGAGGCUGUGGUUUUAUACAGAAUAAAGUCGAUAGAAAACUUUACAAAAAGUAGUGUAAUCACUACCAUUGCCUUUAAAGUCAGUAAAAAUGUUAAAGGGAAGAUAUAAAUCGACACUAUGGUCGUAUCGUAAUAAUCAUAAUAAAUAUAGGAUGUAAAUAAUAUAGUAAUGAAGAGGAAAAACUGGCAGAAAUUUAAAAAAUACCAAAAAAUCUAUUUUAUCGAUAAAAAAAAAUUUAAAUACACAUUUUAUUGAUGUGUUAGAUAAUGAGAAAAUGUGUCAGAUUCAUAGGGGCAUGUAUUUGUUUACUUUUUUUUUACUCUUGCUUAAGGAUUUGUUAUUAAGAAUUUUAUUAUUUAUUUAUGGAGAUUAUAACAUGAAAGAAGAAUUGCUUAUUAAAGAUUUUAUUAAAAACUAUUCGAGUUUAGGAAUACAAGUUUUGAGUGGACAAUUAAAAAAAAAAUGCAUUUAUUUAUAAAAAAAUAUAUUUAAAACACCCUAUCUAUUUUUAGUCCCUCUGGUCUCUGAAUAUGAGUGUAGCACAAAUUGUUGAAAUAAUGUUACAAGUAUAUUUAAGUUAAAUGUAAGUAAAAUACUAAAAAAAUACAUUUUGUUAACACAGUUAAGUUUGGGACCAAUUUCAAAAUUGUUUGAUUAAAAUAUUGUAGAAAAAAAUAGCCAUAUUUUUAUUACUUGUAUUAAUGGCCACAGACAAAUGUAAUGUUAUUUUUUCCGCAGGAAUUCAUGUUUUAUAAUUUUUACUUUAUUGUUAUAAAAGCUUUUUAAUGACUGUCAAGAAAAAAAAAUAACAAGAAAUGUGUGGGUUAUAAUUGUGGAAUUAUUACGUAAUAUUUUAAUAUUGAAAAUUGGAGAAAUUGAACGAGAUUUAAAAUUUUACGACGUAUUAUUAUGUUAGAAAAUGGUUUCGUUUAGUUCUCAGCAAUAUUUGAUUUGCAUAAGAAAUUGAAAUAUUAAAUACUAGAUGAUAUUAAAUUUAUAAAUAAUGUAAUAUCAAUAGGCAUUUCAUAACAGUUUCACUAAUGGAUUUUUCAUGUCUAUAUCAAUUAAUGAAUAAAAAAUCGCCUGUAUUUACGUAUACUAUUUACAGGUGAGGUAGAAUGUUGAAAUAGGUAUGAAAUUUUACAAUUUGCAAAAAAUAUGGAUGAAAAUACAAAAGUUGUCUAACUGUGCCUUCACUGAAUACUCUAGGCCUCAUGUUUUAUAAAUAUUCAUUAUAAUUUAGAAGAUCCAAACCCUUUACCCUAGCGCCCAAUUUUAAAACAUUUUUUCAAAUGCAAGUUGGUCAACAGAUUCAAUGCUCAGAAUGUCAGUACUUUGGCCUAUCGCAAAUCCUGUAUCACAUAGUUAAGUUAAUGAAUUUUGCAAUAUUACUUUUUUAAUAAUUUUAUUUGACUAUUUUAUGAAAAAAAAAAUCCAUAUUUUUUUAAACUAUAAUCUUAUGUGACUUUUAGUUUAUUACAACGUCUGUAUAAAAAUUUAUGUUCAUAAAGUUACUAAAUAAAUAAGAUGAACACAGGUCAAAAUUGGGCUUACUUUUGUAUUUUCACCCAUAUAAGUGUAGAUUGAGUCACUAACACGAGAGUCUACGCGGAAGUUCGUCUCAUGCAAAUCAUAUGAAAAUUGUCGCAUAUAAAAUGAACGACAAUUUUACACAUCAUUCUUGCCUUAAAGUGUAUAAGCCAUAAAGAUUUCUUGUUCGAUAAAGAUUAGCUAUAAAUACAAUACACCCUCACAUAAACUCGAUAAACAAGUUACUAAUAUGCGGUCUAAUAUGUAAGUAGUAGGUAUCUAUAUAGUUAUCUAUGUAUAUAAUCGCAUUAAAUUGUUGCAUACAACCCUAUUCGUCGAUAACAAAUGUCACUCACACGUUAUCGUACAAAAUGAAGAUUACUCAUUGGUGAUUAAAACACACUGCGCAAUGUAGCCAAUAAUUUCAUAUAUGUUUAAAUAAAUUUUAUUUAAAUAAUUUCCCAACAAAAGUGCAAAAAGACAUGGUCAGACUUUGUCGUGUUUAUAUUUUUUAAAAAUUAUUUUGUACUUUUAAAUUAAUGCAUCAAACCGGUUGGGUGACGGUUGUAUAUAUCUAGAACUGCGAUGCCCCAACAUUAAGUAGCUUGAUCUUGAGCCAAUAUUUAUUGCAGAUAUCAACAUACCGGGCAAGUUAAAUUGCCACUUCAUUUCGUAGAAAAGUAGCAGAACCAUUUUUGUAUGAGUACCUUUUAAAUUUCCGUAGUCGAAGCGGAUACUUAUUGGCGAGAUGUCGGAUGUUCAGUACCAUAUAUCUACUUAAUAAUAUGAUACUGAUCGCAAGUCAGUACUAUUAUUUAUUUCAAUGUAUAGCAAACGCUAAUAAGCGAAGUUAAUAUUAAGCAAAA